AUGCCCGGACAGCAAGGAUACCGCGUGUAUCGUCCAAACCAAGCACAGCUAGGGCAAACACCAGAUUCCGCUGGUUACGAUCAUUACGGGCUUAUGUCGAAUCUUACUACAUCAACCCCACACCAUGAGGGACACGCAGGAUACCAGUAUAUGGGAAAUUAUGCGCCGCUCAUCCACCAGUCGUCUAACUCACAGCCUUUUGGCUCGAGCGCAGAUGUCAACACGAAGUUAACAUCGACUGCGAACGCAUACCCCGUCGCAGACCACGCUUCGGCGUUCACGCCAUCCAACCGGUCUACAAACUCACACACUACACCAACUAUCUCUCCUUCGCAAACCCAGUUCGAUGCCAACGAUGCGACGCAAUUCCACGAAGACACCGAUGUCAAAGGACGACACGACAGUCUUUACCCAAAGGAAGAAGCUGCGUCGCCGAUGACAACUCCUCCAUCAGGGCGACGGAGACCGAGAUAUCAGUACGCUGAGCCAGGCUCAGCGCGGGCUAUUUACCUCGAAAAGAAUCGCAAAGCUGCUAGCAAAUGCCGGACCAAACAAAAACAGGAGCAGGAACAGCUGGUUGAGACAUCCCGGGAAGCCGAGCGCAGAAACCGUGUUUUGAAAGCAGAGUUGAAUCUGUUGGAACAAGAGCGACGGCAGUGGCUAGAGCUCGCCAAUUUGCAUAUGAACUGUCCAGAUCAAAGGAUAGCCAUUUAUCUGCAGAACCAAGCAGACAAGCUGGGCUCACGACGACAAACGGGCCCUUCACAGCAGGACUAA